UUUAUAAUAAGUUUUCUUUGACAAGUUAUAGAGUAAUGGAGAGUCAAGAGUAUAAGCACUCGAGGGUUGAGGAGUUGGAUGAGGAUGGAGUGGCGUCACUGCUGCAGCGGUGGGACUACCUGGAGUUCGCAGAAUUUGUGCGGGAGAAGAGACUGGAUGGGAGGAAGCUGCUGGACGUGACAGAAGGAAUUGUAAAGCUAUGGCGCCCAAAAGUAAACGCAAAGAAGUUUAUUUCUUUUAUAGAAGACGUAAAACAAAAUCCAAACAAAUAUUUGAAUGACGCAGAUAAUACUGCAACGCUUAAAAUUGGCCACAAAGAUAAUACAAAGGUAUCUGAAACAGAUGUUCCAGAUAAAGUUGAUGUGGAAAGUCAAUACCAAACCGUCACACAUCGUAGAAAAGAAGAAAGUACACAAACACAUAACAGAAUGAGUUCAGUAGAAGAGCUCAUACGAAGAAUCGUGCCAGCAAAGAGUUUCCUGUACAGAAACCAACAGAAGACGGAGAGAUCUCCAUCAUACUUACCUAUGGACUCCGGAACACCUAAGAAGAAAAAGUUAUUCAGUCUCAGUUCAUACGAAUACCCAUUCUUCGACAUAAGAGCCAGGUUUUCCAGACAAGAAAAUACUUCAGACAGAGGGUACUACUCCAUGAAGAGAAACAGCAGGUAUUACAUAGCUAGGACUUACAGGAAACCUGAAAGUAAACCUAAAUAUAAAUCACUAUCAGUUGGAGAGGAAAUCAGUGAAAAACUGCCAGAAGAUCAUUUCUACGAAGACUUGUGUUACAAUGAGGUUGUUGAAAAAGAAAAAGAGAAGGUAGUAGAAACUAGAGUAGUCAGUGUCAAGCCUUGUAUCGUGAAGAUCCAGGAAUACUUCCAAUCCUUUAAAGUGCCGUUCUUUAAGAAACACGAGAUGUUAGAAGAUUGUAAGGUGGAGAGUGCGAAAGAAGAAGUUUCAAAUUUCUAUGAGAAUAGUGAUAGUGUCGCUAAUAUGUACGACUCGGUGCAUGCUGUUAGACCUAUUGAUAGCAGUGAAGCUAAAAAUCAGACUAAACUCCCCGUGGAAGAGUACUUGGAGCCGUUGCAGGUGAACAAGGACUACUGUGACAUCACAUACCGACAGAAGGACGACUCGCUGCUAGGGUACAUCCUCAGCAUCUUCGAGAACCGGUUCGGGAUCAGACGAGAAACAAACGACGACCAUCACUCUGAGGACUCAGAAGGUGAUCCCAAAGAUGGCAGCGAGGACCCUGGCCGCAGGUGGCCAGAGGAGCGCAAGUCAGGCAGGACCAACAUGGCGGACCGGCCUCUCCCGGUGCCGGUUGAGAACGAGCCCUACUACAUGAACGUGGACAGAGCUGAGGCACAGAACUUGCUGAAGGGACAACCUGAUGGAACCUUCAUUCUAAGGCCUUCUAGUCAGCCGGACCACGCGUAUACUCUCAGCGUGUCCUGCUCCAACGCCGUCCACAACGUGGGCGUCCGGCGCAGGCCUGACGGUCGGCUGGCGCUCGGUUUCCCCCGCCGCGGCGAGCACAGCUUCCCGAGCGUGACGUCAUUGCUGCGACACCACAGGAAAAGACGACUGCUGUUAGUCGCGGCCGGUGACGUCAUCGGAGCUACCACCCUUAACGAAACACCGCACUACUAUCAGAGCCCUAGCAGUCUUCCAGUACCCAUUGGGAAUUGAUGAAGCAAGUUAUUAUUGAUACCCGAAUUUCGGUUUCAUUUUUAGAGUACGAAGCUCUAAAAUUAAAUGAAGUCAACGUUGAUGAUGAUAAAAAAACCGAUGUGUCUACGAAGGUGAUCUUCGAUUGCCAAUUAUUUUUACUUUUUGAUCGAAUGUUUGCCAAGUCAUUUGUAAGAGUUGCGUAUAAUCGUCGAUUUAAAACGAUUCCUUUAUUAAUAGUCCAUUCUUGAGUUAUUCCGUAAUGGUUAGUGACUAUUAAAUAUAAUCUACUACAAUUCCUCGGCAAUGAUUUUUGUAUGUAAAUAUAAUUCAGUUUAUAAUAAAAAAAAAAUGAUAUUACGCUGUUAACGUCCAGACUGUUAAUGAGUUAAACAAAGCACCUAAUAAUAAAGUUUUCCCACCUAA